UUCUGCAAAUAACAAAGGGAAUAUCCUUUAGUUAUUAUUGUAAGAAUCAUGAAGUCUAGUACAUUGUUCAUGGUUUCUUGUGUUCUCACGUUCUUCAUUCUCAACCAUGUGAAAGAGGUGAAAACUGAGAUGAUCGAUGGGGUCAAUGUGUGCGUAUAUGCACUAAUAUUCGAGAACAAUUGUGGCUGGGAUGGACGCGAGACGUGCAUAAAAGGAUUUAAUGCUAUGGGCGAGUACCCUUAUGAUUGCGAGUGUUCCCUUCUCGAUCCAGGCGAAAGCAAACGUGUUUGCAGAUGUAAAUUUAUUAAACCUCCUUUUCGAGGACAACCCGUCGUUUGCUCAUAAUUUUUUUUUUUUUUUUUUUUUUUUUUCUUUUUUGGAUCUUGUACCGAUUUUAUCAUAAAAACAUAAACUAUCAAAUCUCUAAAACCCGAUUACACUACCAAUGUAAACAUUCUUUUAUACUAUCUCUAUUUUAUAAUAAGUGU